AUGCUCACCCAGGACUCUCCUGACGUUUCGCUUGUUCCAAUUGGAGCUGCUGCAGGCCAAUCAGAGUCCAUCUAUUUGGCCAGCACCACGGAUUUUUUCUCCCCUAUUUCUUUAGACCCAUACAAUCAAGGGCGUAUUGCGUGUGCGAACACGCUGUCGGAUCUGUAUGCCAUAGGAGCCCAUCGAGUUGACACUAUUCUGAUGAUCCUCUCUGUUUCAACGAAGAUGCCGGAGAGUCAUCGUGAUAUCGUGACGCUAAAAAUGAUUCAAGGCUUCAACGAUGCAUGCAAGGAAGCUGGGACCAGGGUGACUGGUGGCCAAACGGUGUUCAACCCGUGGCCAAUCAUUGGUGGGUGUGCCACCACAACAGUAACCGAUAAGGACCUUGUGAGAGCUGACGGUUUGCAACUGGGUGAUGUCCUCGUUCUUACAAAGCCUUUAGGCUGUCAAGUAGCAGCCAAUCUUGCACUUUGGCUUGGGGAUCCGGCAAAGUGGCAGAAGGCCAGCACCCGAAUCGAUCUCGACACUGCCGUGCGUGCCGUGAAGAAGGCCGAGGCUGGAAUGAUGCGAUUGAACCGCAUGGCAGCAAUGUUGAUGUCCCUCUACGGCGCUCAUGGGGCCACCGAUGUGACUGGCUUCGGUUUGCUUGGCCAUGCCUCCAACCUGGCAGCCGUACAGAAAAACGACGUGUCUUUGGAAAUACAGAUGCUACCAAUCAUCAGAGGCCUCGCAGCGCUGGAGAGCAAUGUUGAUGCCAACUACCAAUUGACCAGCGGCUUUUCGGCAGAGACCUCAGGAGGGCUUCUUGUUGCACUGCCAGGAAAGGAAGCUGCGGAGCAGUACAUUGCGGCUCUACAGGCACCUGAGGCGGACGGACCAGAGGCUGAAGCCUGGAUCGUUGGGGAGGUUGUAGAAGGUGACCGGACAGCCCGACUUUGUGAGAACUGUACAGUCCUUGAAGUUUGA